GUGCUGCCAAUCAGUGCCACCUAUCAGGGCCAGUCAGUGCCGCCUAUCAGUGCCAUCAGUGCCAUCUAUCAGUGCCAGUCAGUGCCGCCUAUCAGUGCCACCUAUCAGUGCCGCCUAUCAGUGCCCAUAAGUGAUGCUUGUCAAUACCCAUCAGUGCCACCUACCAGUGCCUCCUCAUCAGUGCCCAUCAGUGCCACCUAUCAGUGCCCAUCAGUGCAGCCUAUCAGUGCCCAUGACUGCAGCCUCAUUAGCGCACAUCAGUGAAGGAGAAAAUCACUUAUUUGCAAAAUUUUAUAA